CUCAGUUCCAAUAUUAUAACUACUACUACUAAACAAAAAACAAGUUUAUCUUCAAUAGUUACUUCUUAUGUGUGUUAUGCUUCAUAACGGAUUAUAAUAUAUACUUAUAAAUUGUGAAAGUUAUAUUAUACUUUAAAACCUUACAUUUAUUGUACUUAAUUAUGAGUAAGUUCGCAUUUCUUUUAGUAAGUGUUUCAACGUUGUUAAGUUAUAUUCGCGGUGACUGUUGGGAUACAGCCUGCCAGCCAGAUUCAUGGGUGGGAUGUAAACGAUACAAUAUGAUUGAAAUAAACCGUGUUCCAUGUGACGGAGGUUAUGAAUAUUCAUGUUGUAGUCAAACCAAAAGUGAAAAUAAUCAGUUACAAAAUUCAGAAGAUUCGAAACCAAAAGUUAAACAACAAGAAUCGGAAGAUGUAUGUUGGGAUACCGGCUGUCAAUCAAACUCUUGGGCAGUUACUGGAUGUGAACAAUACGAUAUGGUAGAAAUUAAUAGAUCAUCAUGUGACGAUGGUUUUAUUUAUUCUUGUUGUGGUAAAAAAAAAAAACAAUUGGAAAGUUCAAGUGGGAAAUUAAAUAAUCAAGCUAAGAGAAAGUGCUGGGAUACUGGUUGUCAGUUAAACUCUUGGGCAGUUACAGGUUGUGAACAAUAUGAUAUGAUCGAGGUUAAGAAAGCGUCAUGCGAUAAUGGUUUCAUUUAUUCAUGCUGUAAUCCAGAAGCAGACAAACAAAACAUAUCCAGUGGAACUUUAAUUUCUAGUUUGAAACUUAAGCCAGAGACUAAACAAAUUUGCUGGGAUACAGGCUGUCAGCUUUCGUCGUGGACUGUAAAAGGUUGUGACCAAUAUGACAUGACAGAAAUCAAACGUGUACCAUGCAAUAAAGGACAUAUUUACUCGUGCUGUAAAAAAGAUGUGAAAGAAAAUAUUCCUCUAGUAGAUACAAUGAGUUCAAUUUCAAGUUUAAAAGCUAAACCAAAAUGCUGGGACACUGGAUGCCAAUCUAAGUUGUGGGCAGUUACGGGAUGUGAACAAUAUGAUAUGGUCGAGGUAAAACGAGUAGCUUGCGAAGAAGGAUUUAUUUACUCUUGUUGUGGUAAUGAUAAAUCAGAUAACAAUGCACCUAUAGAAAAAAAUAAGCCAAAAGAAAAAUCUAGUAGUCACACUAAGAAAACAUGUUGGGAUACUGGAUGUCAAUUAGAUUCAUGGGCAGUCAAAGGAUGUGAACAAUAUGAUAUGGUUGAAGUUAAACGAAUAGCUUGUGAUGAAGGAUUUAUUUACUCUUGUUGUGGUGAUGAUAAAUCGGGAAAUGAUUCUACAGUAGAAAAAAAUAAGCCAAAAGAAAAACCUAGUAAUCACGCUAAGAAAACAUGUUGGGAUACUGGAUGUCAAUUAGACUCAUGGGCAGUCAAAGGAUGUGAACAGUACGAUAUGGUAGAAGUCAAGCGAGUAGUUUGUGAUGAAGGGUUUAUUUACUCUUGUUGUACUGAUGAUAAAUCGGGAAAUGAUUCCACAGUAGAAAAAAAUAAGCCAAAAGAAAAACCUAAUAAAACUAUAAAAAAAAAAUGUUGGGAUACUGGAUGUCAAUUAGACUCAUGGGCAGUUAAAGGAUGUGAGCAGUACGAUAUGGUAGAAACUAAAAGAUUAAAAUGCGAUGAAGGAUUCAUUUAUUCUUGUUGCGAAAAAGAAAAUACCUCAAUGAAUUCAUCUACUGAAAUAUCUAUUGAUAUUGACCCAAGACUAGGAGCUAAUGAUGACGAUGGGUAUGUACAAUGCUGGGGUGAGGGUUGUCCACCAAAUUCAAAUAUAUAAAUACUUGUACUUAAAUAUAUAUAUGUUGAUAAUUUAAGAUGUACUAUAUUGUAUAAUUAUAUUCAAUGAAUAUUUUUAAAUGUAUCAUAAAUAAAUUAUAUUAAUUGUAACGUUAA